GUUCAAUUCCAAAGUCCCAGCAUGUUCUGUCGCCCGACAGGAGCUUUGUCAGGUGUCCAGCUGUCAGAGGUCGUAUUCCAUAUUUCGCUGAUGCAUUUGAUCAGUUUUGUGGCCAGUACGCCGCGCGCUGACUCCCCACAGAGUGGUUUUGGACAGAAUGCCUUGACUGGUGCCGCCUACUGCCAUGGCUUCCAUGGCUUCUGUCAGUUGGGCGCCCCCGCUGGCAUUAGCACCAGCCUUGCUGCUGGUGCAGCGCUGGCGGCUCUGGCUCAGAAAGCUACGAGCUAAGGCUGUAGCAGUGUGGCCCACUUGGCCACCACCACCGGAGCUGCUGCUGCGGAAGGGUUUCGCGGUGUCCCUCCUCGCAGCGCUCCUGCUGUUGCUGUGGGUGGCCCGGUCACCGGGGAAGAACUUCUUGGAAGAUGAAGAGAUGCUGGCGUGGGUGCGAAAGGAGCAGGAGAAGCGGCGCAGCAAGUUAGAAGACCUCUUGCAGCAGAUCCCAGUCUCACGCCUUGCCCAGCAAGUGCCACCCCUGAGGCCUUUCCUGACCUCGGGGGGGCUGCCUGUCAACGACCGAGAGGCGGAGGAGGCAGCAAAAGAGGCAGUGGUUGUGGCGGCAAAGUUCCAGAUCACAGCCAAUUCGGCCCACCUGCAGGUACUCUGCCACCUCCACAUGCGACCCGCGCGGAGACCCGGCGCUCACCAGGUCUCCGAGGCUGCGGAGGACUUGGCCAAGGCCCAGCCGGGCGCGGCCUUGGCCGCCGAAGGCCUCGCCUGCGCCGCGGCGCUCGCGGCACUGGAGUUGAAGAGCGCGCCCGAGGAGGCGCUGCAACAGCGGGUCGCGGAAGCAGAGGAGUUCACCAUGCUUGUCCAAUCGCGCCUCUCGCGCGGGCGGGCGCGUGACGUAUGGCGGCUCUAUGCAGAGCCCUUGGCUUCGGCGGAGCGGAUCCUCCGGCAAAGGCGCUUGGAGCAGUGGAGGUGUGUUGCCCGGCUCCUGUGGCGCUUUAAGACCACGCUGCCCUUCGUGGCGCUUUCUUCUGUGCUCUCCAUGGUGCUAGGUGCCUUUUCGGCGAUGCGCUACCAUUACCAAGCCUCGGUCAUCAACUUGGCGAAAGAGGCCGUCACGAGUUCUUCGGGCCCAGCGCGGGCCAAGCACGGCAUGCAGGAAGCCAUUGGAGCGAUGGUGGUCAGUGAGAUGAUUCUUCAGCUGGCGGAAUUUGCACGUGGACGUUUGACCUUGCGGGGGAAGACCAAGGUCGUGCAGGAGUUGAAGGUGGCACUCUUUGGAGCACUGCUGCGACAAGACUUGGAGUAUUUGGAGCAGUGUGACCUUUGGCAGCUCCGCUCCCUCAUCGGCAGCUGCGGCACGACGAUUUCCCAGGUCGUGGACUUCCCCGCCACGUUGCUGGAGGCGGCCGUGCGGUUGUUCACUGCUGUGCUGGCGCUGGGGAGGCAGAACGGCCGCCUGGCGGCCUUCCUCGGGGUAAUGUUGCCGGCGAGGUUCCUUCUGUCGCAAGCGCUCCAGCAUUGCGAGGAGCGCUUGGAGCAAUCUGCACUGCCAGACUUCAAGGGGCAGAUUAAUAGCUGUUGGAGCUGCUUAGUGCAGCCUGCCUCCCUGCGGACCAUGCGCGCCUUUGCGCGGGAGCCUCAUGAGCUCAAAACCUUUACACGCUUCCUGCAGGUGCAUGAGGAGCUCCAGCAACGGAAGAUCUUGAUUUUCAGACUGAUGCAGCCGCUGCAAGCUCUUCUCGAACACGCCCUUGAGAUUGGCACUCUCUGGUACGGCGGGCGCCUGGCGCUACGAGGAGACAUGGACUUUGGCGAGCUCUCCUCUGCAGUGCUGGUGGCCACGGGCGCCUUUGAUGGCGCCAGGUUUGCACAGGCUGCUGCUGCCAAUGUCUCUCGCCAGGCCUUGGGACCCCUGGCGCAGAUGGCGCAGCUCUUGGCACGGCGCCCGCGCAUCGGCUUGGACCAUUCGCCAUGGUCUUCGAUGCCAAAACCAGAAGAUGUCCGAUGGACCUUGGAUUUUCAAGAGGUGACAUUUUCGUAUCAGCAACGUGGUGUGGAAGUCUUGAAGGGGCUGUCCUUCCAAGUGCGCGAGGGUGAGUUCUUGGGCAUUUUGGGAACGACAGGCUCGGGGAAAUCCACGGUGCUCUCGUUGAUGUUGCGGCUCUACGAGCCGACCAGUGGACGAAUCUUACUGGAUGGGCGAGAGAUAAAGGACUACAACCCUUUGUGGUUGCGCUACCAUAUCGGCUUUGUGAGCCAGGACUUGGUUCUGUGCAACCGCACCGUGCGCGAGAAUCUCCUGUACGGGGUGGCCGAAGCGGCGGAGGUGGUCGGCGAUGCGGCGGCCAAAGAGGCGUUGCGCGUGGCGCAGUGCGAGGAGACCUUCUUCAACACUGAAGCUUUCCCCAACCUUUGGCACACGGACGUGGGCGUGGGCGGCAGUGAUCUGAGUGGCGGGGAGAAGCAGCGCUUGGCAGUGGCCCGGGCGAUCGUGAAGAAACCGAAGCUUUUGAUCUUGGACGAGGCCACUUCAGCCCUGGAUGAGAUCUCCCAGGCGCGACUGCAGGAUGAGAUCGAGAAGCUUCGGAAAGAGGAGGGCAUGACAGUGAUUUGUGUGGCUCAUCGGCUCUCGAACCUCGCGCGGGCAGAUCGCCUGCUGGUCUUGCAGGAGGGUCGCUUGGUUGAAGAGGGUUCUCCCGCAGAGCUGCAUCAACGCGAUGGCGUUUUUGCGGAGUAUGCGCGUGCGCAUCAGGCGUUCUUGCAAGAUCCAUCCUGAGAGCUCCCACUUCCACGUGCACAUGGCGUGCGCAUGGGCGUUGUCCGUGGCCCGUGUGGCUGCGGAGAGUGACGCGAGCACGGAGAGUGACCGUGGCAAGG